GAAGAAUCGAGUGGAAUCAGAAUUGGGAUCGACCGAUUUGGAUUCGAAUCUGUCGAUCCCGCCAUUCCAGUUCCAUUUAUAAAUCCAUGCUUAAACUUGCUCUUUCUCUAAUCUCUAGUUCUUUACCCGAUUCGUUAUGACAAAUUCCUCUUUUUACCAAAAAAAGAAAGAAAAUUUCUCCAUCCUCUUUGGGUCGUUAGGUAUUAGCUAUUACUUCGCUUCAAUACAAGAAGCAGGAUUACAACUAGCUGAGGAAUUAAAAUGGCGAAUAGCAGCUUUAGGGUUUGGUGGCUUUCCCCGAAAAUGAUCUCCGGCAGACAUUUGGCACAUCCGGUAAGGUGGAUUCACUCUUACUAGUAAGCAUUAUCGAAUAAUAUUUUCACAUUUCCAGCUUCUACUCAGGUUCAUAAUUAUCUUUCCUGUAAGAUUGUAAUCUGUUUGAAGUAUAACCCAGCUGGGAAACAGGUAGAAUCAGUAGAUUAAAUAAGGGAAAGUGAGAAUAUGAGAUCAGUCCCAGCUAGGAUAUUGUGGGUGUUCUGGUUUCUUUUGGGCUUUGAUUCAGAAGCAACAUGGGUUGGGAGGAAGUUCUAGGAAUUAGGGAAACAACUUUUUCUGAUACAAGUAUAACCCCUUCUCUGUAUCUUUAUGUGUGAAUCCAUGACUUUGUUCUUCAAUGCCCAAAGUCAUCAUUUUGAACCUAAUCUUCGAAAACCCUUUCUUUGUUCUGUUAAAAGGACACAUUUCUCCCAACUUUGCCAACCCUCAACUGAAAAUUUACCUCCAGAUCACGGACUUAUACUUGUUGGUGGAUCUAAACUCUCUGGUCAUGUUAACAUUAGUGGCUCCAAAAACUCGGCAUUGGCAAUCCUUGCAGGGACACUCUGUUGUUCCAAAACUUCAAAGCUUCAUAACAUACCGGACAUAUCCGAUACUAGAGAAAUGUUUUCAAUUCUGCAGUCAUUGGGUGUUCGAGUCGAGGCAUCUAAUGGGGAAGUGACCGUGGACACUGACGGAAUUCGCUCUGUUGAACCAUGCCCGGAAUCAGUCAGACAGACUCGGGGAGGAUUUUUUGUCGUUGGUCCUUUGCUUGCUCGGUUUGGUGAGGCAGUGGUGGCACUUCCCGGAGGAUGUGAUAUUGGUACUCGUCCUAUUGACCUAUACAUUCGAGGGCUUCAAGCACUCGGUGCAGUUGUUGAAUUGAGGGAUGGAAAAGUCUGUGCAUUUGCUGUGAAUGGCAAACGACUUGUUGGAGGGAAGUUCCAUCUUGAUUAUCCCAGUGUUGGGGCAACUGAAACUCUCAUGAUGGCAGCUUCCAUGGCUGAUGGAGUGACUACGCUUUGCAAUGUAGCCCAAGAGCCAGAGGUUGUUGACCUUGCUUGGUUUCUAAAUAAGAGUGGGGCCUGUGUGGAAGGAGAAGGAAGUGAUACGCUGGUUAUCAAGGGAAGGAAUCAAUUGCAUGGUCCUGAAUUCACCAUAAUACCAGACCGAAUUGAGGCAGGUACAUUUAUGGUUGCUGCAGCCAUUACACGUUCAUGUGUCUCGAUGUCACCUGUCAUACCUUUCCACUUAUCUUGUGUGAUAGAUAAGCUUUCAGCAGCUGGUUGCAAAAUCAUAGAAACCACACAAAACACCUUGGAGAUCUCUGCCUUGCCUGGGGAUAUUGCAAGAGAUAUUCGAGGUGUUCAUGUUAAAACAGGCCCAUUUCCUCAGUUUCCUACUGAUCUGCAACCUCAAAUAAUGGCACUGCUUAUGACACGUAAUGGAUCAAGUAUUGUUGAGGAAUCUGUUUUUGACAAGCGUAUGGGCCAUGUGAGAGAGCUACAGAAACUUGGAGGUAGAAUUCAAGUUUGUGGAAACACUGCAUUCAUAAAAGGGCAAGAUCACGGAAGUGCAUUGUAUGGUACUACUGUUUGUGCAACCAAUUUAAGAGGCGGGGCUGCACUUAUUUUAGCCGGAAUGGCAGCAGAAGGAAUUACAAAAAUUGAUGGUGUAGCUCACAUUGAUCGGGGUUAUCAGAAUCUAGAUAUGAAGCUUUGUUCCCUAGGAGCUAAUAUUAGAAGACUUAUCAGUCUCCCUGUUUGUCAAGCAUAACAGUUAUACAAAUUGGAUGAUUAUGUAGAAUGCAGAUUGAUCUUUGAAAAGAAAAACAAGAGAGAAGAAAAAGUAGUUCUUAUGUACCAA